AGUCACAGUGUGUAUCUGCAAUAUGGCAGCGUGCGAGCUGAAGGGAGAGCUGAAGUACCGAGAUGGACAGACGAACCAGUUUACAGUACAAGUAGAUGGCAAUUUCAAAUCAAUGAUAAAUGGCCUCAAGAAAUUAAACGCUGAUAUAUCUGAAGUUUUGACGGCUCUUGUUGAACAAGAAAGAGGCUCAGCGGAAAACAACACAGCAGAUGUAGAUGAUGAUGAGGAAGAGGACAGUGACGAAGAGGAUAGCACCACGAAAAUGGCCAACAAAAAGUCAAACUCAGAACCUCCAAACAAGCGGAUAAAGACCGUGAGGUCAUGAUCUUCAGAACUGUCAUUGUUUUGUUAUGGCCUUUAUUACAUAAAGAUGUGUUGUUACAUCAAUACCCUCCUCCUCAGAAAAACCUUCAUGUCAGCCACAAGUUCAAGACGAUGUUGGGAUUUUGCCUUAUUUUGUUCUCAUUUUUAUGUAUUUCUAAGUUAUUUCUCCUAACUUCAGUCUCCUCUAAAAGCCAAAAGUAUAAUUGUGUAAAGUGAAAAUUGUUUCAUCAAUACAUUAUUCCUGUUAUAAAAAGUUACAGAUUGACAGUGGUUAUCAGUACUUAAGUUUCUUCAGCUAACAGGUAGUAAACCACUGUGUAAUAAACUAGAUUCAAACUA